AUGAUAGCUUGGAAGAGUGUAAUUAGGCCAAUAAAAACUGUUCUGAGGUCUAGGAUUAACUCGAUUGGUUGCUAUUCUAUUCUCAAAUCUAAUAUGACAACCGUAGCUGAUAGCACGGCCGAAAUCAAUAAUAAUAAAAGACAAUUAGGUAACUCAGCGCCAAAUAGGAAGCCUAAAAAGCCAAAGUUGAGGAGAUACAAGGCUAAAAAAGCAGAUCCUACUGGCCCCCUUGGUGUAUUAGAAUUCGAAAUCGAUGAACUUUUACAAGAACAUGGUUUGAAGCGUGAAGAAGUGAAAAAUGAUGUAUCUGCCAUUUUAAACGAUGUUCCCAGACUCAGUGGGCCCAUGACUCGAGCUUAUCAUAGGGUGGUGAAUAAUAUAAAAGUCCUCAGAAAUGCAUCUAAUGGUGAAGGUAUGGCUCUUAUCGAAAACCCUGUAGAAACUGGAAAAAAGCAAAUCGCUUUAAUACCAUUUGGACUCGUGGGAGAUGUGGUAAAUAUAAAUGUUUACAAGACACAUCCUUAUCAUGUGGAAACUGAUCUAUUGGAUGUUGUGGAAAAGUCGCCAAUGAGAAAAGAUGAGUUGAUUACAUGUAAAUAUUUUGGUAAGUGCUCAGGAUGCCAAUUCCAAUUUUUGACCUACGAGAGACAAUUAGAGUUGAAAAGAAAUACAAUUGUUAAUGCUUAUAGAUAUUUUGCACCAAGGUUAGUAGUAGAAAAGUUGGUACAAGAAGUUGGGGAAACUAUUGGUUCACCACUAAAAUUGGGUUACAGAACCAAAUUAACGCCACAUUUUGACAUGCCCCGCAGGAAACAAUUGGAGGAUAGACCACCAUUAGGGUUUGGUCAAAAGGGUAAACAGAAAUGGCGGAAAGAUAACCUGGAAAUAGGUGGUACUGGUUCCAUUCUUGACAUCGAAGAGUGUCCAAUUGGUACACCGGCGGUAAAUAUGGGUAUGUCCAAUGAAAGGCAAAAAUUCGACACUGAUUACCAAAAUUACAGAAAAGGUGCAACAAUUCUUUUGAGAGAAAACACAACAAUCUUGAAUGGAUCUGAAGAAACUAGAGAACAAUUGAUGGAUAAUGGCUCUAAAAAUGAACAAGGUGAAAUUUCAUUUGUAGAGACUGAAGAUAAGGAAAAGGACAUAAAACUAGCCAAAACUUGUGUCACAAACACUAGACAAGUCGUUAGGGAGUACGUGGAUGGUUAUACGUUUAAAUUUAGCGCGGGUGAAUUCUUCCAGAAUAAUAAUUCGAUCCUACCAUUGGUAACCAAAUACGUGAGAGAAAAUUUACAAAUCCCCAAUUCGGAACCCAACGCUCCUAAUUAUCUGGUGGAUGCUUACUGCGGAUCAGGGCUAUUCAGUAUUUGCAGCUCUAAAGGUGUUGCAAAGGUAACAGGUGUAGAAAUUUCCGCUGAUAGUGUCUCAUUUGCUGAGACUAACGCAAAGAACAAUGGUGUAGAAAACUGUAAAUUCAUUGUUGGUAAAGCGGAGAAAUUAUUCGAAUCUAUUGAUACACCAAAUGAUAGAACUUCAGUGAUUCUCGAUCCUCCUCGUAAGGGCUGCGAUGAAUUAUUUAUGAGACAAUUGUCAGAAUACUAUCCUGCAAGAAUUGUUUACAUCUCUUGUAACGUCCAUUCACAAGCAAGAGAUGUGGAAUUUUUCUUAAAAGACACAGAAAGGGGUAAAGAUUACAAGAUUGAAAGUUUAAGAGGAUUCGAUUUUUUCCCCCAAACUCACCAUGUAGAAAGUGUAUGCGUUAUGUCAAGGGUUUGA